CCGACCCGACCCGACCCGACCCGACUUUGGCGGCACGCCGUGGCCUGCCUUGUGCAUGAGGAGAGGUCGCUAGGCCUGCUGUCGGAGACCCACCCCCGCGAGAGCGGGUCAGCUCUCGGGAGGUGUCCGGUUUGACGGCAGCCCUCGUUUUCGAACCAAGCGCCCCAUCCAAAUGGGUUGGAUGUAGUACCGCGUUGUGUUGUGCUGCACACCGCCGCGCUUUGUACCUUUCUAAGUGGAAACAGGUUUUCACCUGAGUGAAGAUGUCUACGUGAAAUUGCCAAAUGGGAAGCUCAUGAUCAAUUUGCAGAAUUUCACAGAGCACUUUUGAAUGAGAGCUACUCUGUUGAGGACUGUGUUACUAGAAAUGCUUCACAUAGAAGUCACAAGGCCUGCACGUUGCAUUUAGAUUUUCACUUUAUUUCUAGUAAACAAAGAUAAAAUGUGUAAUUAUACAAGCAGUUAGUGUUUUCUAUGUCACUGAUGGAAGCUGAAACCAACAGAUUUGUACCAAGCAAUAGUUAGCUGUAACUGCUAGUAAUGUCUUCUCAGAACUAUUGUAGGAUCAUAUGUUUGGGGAUUUUUUUUUUUUUUUUGCAAAACAUUUUACAGCAAUCCUUCAGCAUCCAAGCUUAGUACAACUCAAACUUAAUUUCAAAGCUCUCUUUUGCAAAUCAAACAGCAAUCAAGCCUUAAAGCUUCAGCAGCAUGUUUGGCUGCUGCUGAAAGCGGUCUGUGUGAUUUUUUUUUUUGACAUAAAGGUGCAUAAGUCCAUUCAAAGUGAGAUUUUGGUGUAGUUGAUGAGAUCUGAAUAUGCUUCAGCUUCUGUCAUUCUCUCAAGAAACACAGAAGUACCUAAGCUUUGCAGAAGUAUUUAAUAACUACAACAUACACGUAAAAAUAAAUACCUUACUGAUAGAUUACUGAUGCCAUGUGUGAUGGUAAACUUCUUCCAUAUUUAGGUAGCGGGUCCAAUGUAGAAGGAAGGCAUAACCCUAUAAACAGUUAGAUUAUUAAAGAAAAUAAUUUUCCUUUUUGUAUAAAAGGGCAUAUGCACAUGUAGUUAUCAGUCUAGUCUCCUGAGGUCAGUAACUUUCUGCCUCUGUUUGGAAAUUGUCAUGAGAAUACUAACUCUUCUGGAAUUACGUUAAUAAUCAGAAUAUUGCAUUUAUAUUUUAUGAAUUUCAGCUAUGAAAUGAGGGUGACUAGGAAAUUGCAUAAAAAGUAACUGCCUAUAUUGUAUUUAUUCUGGAUAAGUUUUUAUUUAUAAUUCUUUUGGUCUGCUUUUCUUUUCCCUCUAACUGAUAAGCAAACCCAACAAACUGAGCUUAGGGAGUAUCAUAGAAUUUGCACUGAAAGUCUUUUCAUAAGCAAUGGGCUACCUGAGCUGUAUAAUUGAAGCAAACUGAUUGACAAAGUUACUAUUUGCUCUGUGCUUCUCCACUCUUGAGUGUUGUUUCGGAUCGCAUCAGAGAGGUCUGGCCUUUCUGAGGCACAGGGAAUAUAUCUGUCCUUUCAAAAUGAAAUUUAAAAAUUUCAGCUGUUUUUAUUGGACCAUCCCUGUAUUUUUCCGUUCCCUGUGUUUUUUCAACCAGAUUAGUAUCUGAUUCAUAACCAACUGCAGCAGAAGUUAUUCUUUGAUUUUCUGCCUUCUUUAGCCAAAUUAGCCUUAUAGCCCAAUUUGCUCCGUUAAAAUACUAGUUUUAAUCAUCUAUUUAAACAGCCCAAGCAUGCAGGUGUUCCUGCCAUAUCCUAGCACAAAGAGUAUGCAAUAUUAAAAUGUUGAUAAGACAGUUGAUAAAAUCUGUCAGGAACCCAGAAGUGUUUCAGUAACAAAUUCCUCAAAUUGUUAAUCCCUAUUUCAAAAACAGUUUAUGUAUUUUAAAAUAUAACUCUGAGACUAUAAGUACAUAAGAAGUAUUAUCAGAGUACACACAAUAAUUACCUGUUUUUGAAAGAAAACCUGCAUAGCAUUUUGCAGUUUACUAUUUGUUAUCUUAACAUUGAGGACUCUAUUAGAACAGAAUAUUAUCCUGUGUCUUCUCUAUACACAGUGCGUGAGUACCCGAAGAAGGCUUGCUAUAGCUGUGACUUCUCUUCCCUUUUUUGUCUCACCAAUGAAUUUAUCUCACAGUGUGAAGUCUUGCAAAUUACCAUGUGAUUCAAUAUCUGGACAAGAGUCUUACUUCAUUUAUUCUGGCUUUACAUGCAUGAAACAUAAUUGACUGAUGGGUUUAAACCUAAUAACUAUGUAAGAUCAGAAUCAGACACUGUUUACAUAACAAUGCAAAAUAGUAUUAACAACAGUUUGAAAAGCAAAAUAAUACUAUGCUUGUAAUAUGGAUUUGUACUAGUUCUGAUAGUGUCCUGAUGAUGUAAAGAAAAUGAAAGAGCUAAAGGUAAGCAAUUAAAACAUCUGUGUUUUUAUGUGUGUAUGUGUAGAUAUGUAUGUGCGCGCACACAGACACACACACACACACGCGCACAUAAUAUAUAUCCACCGUAUAUAGUUGUAUGUAUUUUAUAUAUAUGUUUUAAUAUAUAAACAUAUGUUAUCUCUUAGCCAACUGUGGAGCAGAUUCUCAGCACUGUUUCUGAUUGUUUCUGUUGUACUGACUGGGUUUUAUUUUGGAGGCUCCUCACAGUUACUUAAGUCGCACUUGCAAAAGAAGUUGAAGUGAAUAUUAUUUAUUAUCAUUAAAUUAUUUUAUUGAUCUUAUGCCCCAAGAUGACAUGCAUUUAGUGCCCUAGUUAGGCUUAUAGUUUCGUGGUUCUAUAAAUGCAAGUGAAGCAUGGGGCACAGAGGAGCAAUGGAGUUCUGAACAUUUAUUCCAAUAAAUAUCUGCCUGUUUAUGUCAGCUCCUCAGAGUUCACAGUCUAAAAUUUUUGUUUCAUCAGAACAAUUGAAGACAAAUUGGAAUUUUAUUGUUCCAAUUUGUUAUGUUCAGUUUGUGACUAUUUAAUUUGGUAUAGAUACUUGAAUUCCUUUUUACCUUUGGAACUUUCAUUUGUUAAAAAAACAAAAACGGGACAGAUUAAUAGGUAUUUCAUUAGUGUCUGUCUAGCUAGAGAAAAAAAUCCAGCUUCCCGUUCAUCCUAUGCCUGUGUUUUAACUUACUGGACAUUACUGUUCUUGAUACUACUCCUGGGUUAUUCUGCUUUGUCUCACUGCUGCCUGUGGUGCUCUGCUUCCUGCUUAUUUGUCCAAUUUCAAGUUAUUAAAUCUACUUAUUUAAGUAUAAUUGACUGUCAGUGACUCUAUAAAGCAUCGCACAUGAGCCUCAGAGAAAGUGAUUGAUAUUUGGUGAUGUAAUGUGACGAGAUCCAAGACUAGUUCAAGGCUCAGCCUCAGAUUUGUUUUAUUUUAAUUCAUGUAAAUAUAUUACCAGAUUUUGUUAAUACAGCCAUUGAGAAUAAGUUGGCAAGUAAUUUGUUUUCUUAAUGAGAGUUGUUUGAACCAAUGAAGGCACAGAUAAUCUUAUUAUGUUAUUCAGACCUCAUGUUACGUUUCAUGAGAUUUUAGAGAAGUCAUGUGUAAUACUUUCCUGUGGGUUGAGCCUGCUUAUAUUACAGUUCUACAAGGUCAGACCUUAAUUUAACUAGCAACUGUGUAUUUAAUUUUAGAAAUAUCACAGGACAGCUCAGCUUGUGGGGCGCUAUUCCUGGCUGUUCAAAAGGCAGGCCCAAGAGUAACAGUGACAAGAUAAUGGGUUGAAAAGCUCAUCAUUCCAUAAUAAGUGAUGGAUGAAAGUGAAGAUUUGGUUGAAGAUCUGCUCACUGGGUAUGCCAUACAGCUUAGCAUUCAAGAAUCAAAUGCCGCCAAGCCACCAGUAUCUUCUGGCUAUAAUGACAGAUUUGUACCACCUAGUGAGGAAAACAGGAAAAUUGUAGCAGCCAUAAAGCAAGGUCAAGUAUUUGAGCUCCAAGACCUUGUGAAAAAGAAAUAUGCUUUGGAUGAAGCUGAUGAAAGAGGGUGGUUUCCACUGCAUGAGGCUGCAGCUCAGCCAAUUCAGCAAGUACUUGAAAUCAUUUUGGAUGCAUCUUACAAAACAAUGUGGGAGUAUAAAACAUGUGAUGGAGAAACACCUUUAACUUUGGCGGCAAAAGCUGGCUUUGUGGAAAACGUAAGAGCAUUACUGGAAAAAGGUGUUUGGCCAAAUACCGCAAACGACAAAGGAGAAACUCCGCUUCUUAUUGCUGUAAGAAGGCGCUCUUUUCAAAUGGUAUCUAUUCUGCUCAAACACAACUGUAGUAUUCACCAGCCAUGUGUGAAACGUUGGUCAGCAAUGCAUGAAGCUGCGAAACAGGGAUGCAAAGAUAUUGUUUCUCUUCUUCUGAAGAACGGUGGAAAUGUGAACAUCAAGGAUGGAUACGGAGUAACACCAUUAGGUGUUGCUGCUGAAUAUGGUCACUGCGAUGUGCUGGAGCAUCUUAUUCAUAAAGGUGGAGAUGUCCAGGCCUUAGCAGAUGACGGUGCAUCGAUACUAUUUGAAGCAGCUGGAGGAGGUAAUCCAGACUGCAUAGCGCUUCUUUUGGAGUAUGGAGGAAGUGGCAAUGUGCCUAAUAAGGCAGGAUUGCUUCCCAUACACAAAGCAGCUUAUGAGGGGCAUUACCUGGCCCUGAAAUAUCUCAUUCCAGUCACAUCCCAAACUGCAAUCCAGAAAAGUGGGUUAAGCCCUCUUCACUCAGCAGCAGAUGGCCAGAAUUUGCAAUGUCUAGAGCUCCUCAUUGAAAGUGAUUUUGAUGUCAAUACUCUGUUGGCUGAACACAUUUCAGACGGUUAUGAUGAUGAAAGGAAAACAGCACUCUAUUUUGCUGUUUCUAACAAUGACAUUCUCUGCACCGAAAUAUUACUCAAAGCGGGCGCAAAUCCAAACAAGGAUCCUUUAAACUGUCUCCUUGUGGCAGUGAGAGGUGGUAAUCAUGAAAUAGUAAGGCUGCUCCUAUCCUAUGGAGCAAAUGUCAACUGCUACUUUAUGCUGGUCAAUGAUACCCAUUUCCCCAGUGCCGUUCAGUAUGCCUUGAAUGAUGAGGUGAUGUUAAGGCUUUUGCUCAAUCAUGGAUACAAUGUGGAGAUGUGUUUUGACUGUAUGCAUCAAGAUAUCUUUGGAAAUUCCUUUGUGUGGUCAACUCCAGAGGAAGAAAUUCUCCCAGGAUGGACUUCUUCUGUAAUUAAGGAUAAUCCAUUCUGUGACUUUAUUGCUGUUCCUUGGUUGAAACAUUUAGCCGGAAAAGUGGUUCGUAUUUUCAUAGAUUACAUGGAUUAUGUUCCUCUAUGCACAAAAAUUAAAUUUGUCCUAGAAACGCAGAAGGAAUGGCCAGAGAUACGUCAGAUACUGGAUAAUCCUCGCUCGUUGAAACAUCUAUGUCGUCUGAAAAUACGUAAACUCAUGGGACUAAGGAGACUCCAGAAACUGUCAUCCAUGAAGAAGUUUCCACUUCCACCAGUUCUCAAGAACUAUAUCCUAUAUAAAGAAUAUGAUCUGUACGGAGAAGGGAUACGUUUAGAUUAGUUUUUAAAAAAUAACUGUGUACAAUCUGUAAUUUGACUCAUUUCUUUACUAUUUUUGACUAGGUGGAGAAUUGUGUAGCUUGUUUUAUGCUUCGGAACACCCUGAUAUUUCUUGUAAAUAGGUCUUUUAUGGGAACAAUUUUCUUUUCAAAAAACUAGUAUGUUAAAGCUGAACUUAAGAUUUUAUGUUUUAACUCAACAUUGUAUUGUCCAAAUACAGGCUAAAAUCGGAAUAAGGAAACUAUAAUAAUUGUGUAGAACAAUAAAUGGGAAUUUAGGUGAC